CGUGAUUCCACUCAGGGCUACUCUUUGCCAUCCUUGACACACGUCAACUUCGUAGGCAACUUCGGAAAGGUGGUGUCGUAUUCGUUUGUGAUUUCGUUUGUCCUGACAACGGUGGGUACAAAUAAUCGGAGGCACACUUUUACGUGCGUUGCAAGAGACUUUACCUUAUCUCCGAACGUUCGCGUUCGGCUUGUUUCGUACGUUCGUCUCGUUAUAGCAUAAACGAGAGAGCGAUUGAAACAUGGUGGUGCUUAGUAGUUUUCUGCCACCACAAGAAGGAAUACGCCAUGAAGAACCAAACACUACGGUGUAUAUUAAUGAUAGAGAAGUAGGAAAGGGCACAUUCUAUAUUACAGAGAGUGUACUUUCUUGGAUGGAUAAUGAUACACAACAAGGAUUUUCACUUGAAUAUCCUCAUAUUUCAUUGCAUGCUAUUGCACGAGAUGAACAAGUUUAUCCGAGACAAUGUUUAUACAUUAUGGUUGAUGCUAAAGUAGAUUUGCCAGAUAUGGCAUUACCGUUAUCAUCUGAAAAUGGUUCAGAAAAUGAAGAUGAUGAUGCAAAUGCUCCAAUUACAGAAAUGCAAUUUGCACCAGAUAAUACAAAUAAUUUAGAAUUAAUGUUUCAAGCAAUGAAUGCAUGUCAGGCACUUCAUCCUGAUCCACAGGAUAGCUUUUCAGACGAGGAUAUCUAUGAAGAUGCCGAAGAAGACUAUGAAGGUGAAUAUGAUGAAGAAGUAGGCGCUGGAGACGCACCUUGUAUUUUACCGACAGAGCAAAUGGAAACCACUCAUACAGUAGAGGUAGAAGAAGCUAUGGAUAUCGAAGCGGGUCAAUUUGAAGAUGCGGAAGAAGAUCCGUAAGAAGUAAUGAUACGUAUUUAGUGUUAAUUUAUAUGUUUAUCAAUUUCAUGUAUUUCGGUAGAUAUACGUAAAUAUCAUUAUUAUAAAACUUAUUG